AAGAAAUUCAUUAAGCGUGUGAACCGAUGACUAAAGAGCUCACCACCAACCUCCCAAAAACCCCACCAUCUUUGUAUCCAUUCCCAUGCCCACGGCACAUCACGCACCACUACUAUCUUGUGCCACCAUUUUUUUUAAGCUUUUACUCAACGACCCCAUUUUACAUUGUGCUCUGAUCUCUUCAACCUGCCUCUAUCCAUUUCUCUUUUCUUUUUCUUUUUCCGUAUUUUUUUUUCUAUUUCCCGUUAAUACAUCCAAACAAGUCUUAGUCUUUGUGCGAGUUUAAAUAUUUCAUCUCUUUCUUUCUUUCAUUCCUGUAAAUCCAAAUCAGUCAUAUAGUUCCCAGGCCAGUAGUAUAUACAGAAUAUAUAAUAUCCCUUUUCCUAUAAUAUUCCAUUUGGUGGCAACGAUGCUGAGAAGAGGCAUUGCUUUGGUGAUACUUCAUGUGGUGGUUUGUGGGAUCCAGAUAUGUUCAUCGGAGAUUACCAGAGGAAGCUUUCCAAAGGGUUUUGUUUUUGGCACUGCCUCUGCUGCUUUCCAGUAUGAAGGAGCGGUGAAAGAGGAUGGAAGGGGACCGACCAUUUGGGACACUUUUUCACAUAAGUUCGGUAAAAUAUCUGAUUUCAGUAAUGCUGAUGUUGCUGUGGAUCAGUACCACCGCUACAAUGAAGAUAUACAACUGAUGAAGGACAUGGGACUGGAUGCCUAUAGGUUUUCAAUUGCUUGGUCUCGAAUUUUCCCCAAUGGAAGUGGUGAAAUCAACCAGGCUGGAGUUGAUCAUUAUAAUAACCUCAUCAACGCUUUACUAGCCAAAGGGAUUGAACCAUAUGUGACCCUCUAUCAUUACCUUCCCCAAGCCCUAGAAGACAAAUACAAUGGAUGGUUGAACCCCCAAAUCAUAAAGGACUUCGCAACAUAUGCUGAGACAUGCUUUCAGAAAUUUGGUGACAGGGUGAAACAUUGGAUCACAUUCAAUGAGCCCCAUACAUUUGUUAUCCAAGGGUAUGACGUGGGUCUCCAGGCACCGGGACGGUGCUCCAUUGUGCUUCACAUUUUGUGUAGCGCAGGAAACUCUGCAACUGAGCCUUACAUUGUUGCCCACAAUGUUCUCCUUUCUCAUGCAAAUGCGGCACAAAUAUACAGAAGAAAAUACAAGUCAAAACAGCAUGGAUCUGUCGGGAUAUCUUUCGAUGUUCAGUGGUAUGAACCAGCAACAAACUCCACAGAAGACAUUGAAGCUACUCAAAGAGCCCAAGAUUUUCAGCUUGGCUGGUUUAUUGAGCCUUUGAUCUUCGGGAAUUAUCCAAGCUCGAUGAGAAAUAGAGUUGGAAGCCGGCUGCCUGAAUUUUCUAAAUCCGACGUUUCUCUUCUCAAGGGUUCUUUAGAUUUUGUUGGCAUAAAUUACUAUACUACAUAUUAUGCAAAAAUUAAUUCGAGUAAUUUUAUUGGUGACCUAUUAAACGACUCCAUUGCGGACUCUGGUGCCAUUACACUUCCAUUGAGAAAUGGGAUACCUAUUGGAGACAGGGCCAAUUCCAUAUGGUUAUUCAUAGUUCCUCAUGGGAUCAGAAGCUUAAUGAAUUACAUCAAGCAAAAGUAUGGAAACCCUCUGGUUCUUAUCACUGAAAAUGGGAUGGAUGAUCCAAACGACCAACUUAUCCCCCUCAAAGAUGCUCUAAAGGAUGAGAAAAGGAUCAAAUAUCACCACGACCAUCUAACGAACCUGCUUGCUUCAAUCAAGGAAGAUGGCUGCAAUGUUAAAGGGUAUUUUGCAUGGUCUUUAUUGGAUAACUGGGAGUGGGCAGCUGGAUUCACUUCCCGAUUUGGUCUCUAUUUUGUUGAUUAUAAUGACAAUCUCAAGAGAUAUCCAAAGGACUCUGUUCAAUGGUUUAAGAACUUUUUGACAUCCACUUAAAAGAUGGAGAAACUGAAGGUGCAGCAACUACAUACAUUUCCUCUUUUUUUUUUUUUUUUUUUUAAUGCGUUUCCUAUGUGUAGUCAAAAUAACUUUUGAGCCUAUUCCAUUUGUUGAAAGGUUUUUAAGUUAAACUGUUUACAAUUUAUGGAGCAGUAUUUUCCUUA